AUGGAUAAGGAAUGGAUAAAGGAAAACCCUGUGAGUAAAGAGUAUCAGAAUGGUCUUGAUUUUUUUCUAGAUUAUGCAUACACCAAAGGAAAUCCCCGAGGGAAAGAGAUUUUGUGUCCUUGUGCGAAUUGUUACAAUACCAAUUGGCUUACAAGGAAUGAAGUACGAAAUCAUUUAAUCGCAUUUGGAUUUCAAAAAGGAUAUGAUGUUUGGGUUCGACAUGGUGAGAAGAAACUAAAACCCGGUGAUCUUAAUGAUAAUUAUAUGAAUCAUGAAGAGGAUCAAAUCGACGAUAUUUAUGGACUAUUGCAUGAAAGAUUUAGAGAUGUUGUACAAGAAGAAAAUGAAGUAAAUGUAGGCCUCAAUGAAGAUGCAAAAAAGUUCUAUAAUCUAGUCGAAGAAGCCAAACAAGAUUUGUAUCCGGGUUGUAAAAACUUAUCUAAAUUGUCGUUCACCAUCCGUCUUUAUUUAUUGAAAUGUCUUUAUGAUUGGAGCAACAUAGCAUUCAAUGCUCUCUUAGAGUUGUUGAGAGAAGUUAUGCCUUUAUUGAACAUCCCUGUUACGUUCAGCAAAACCAAAGGUAUGAUAAGGGACUUAGGGUUGGAUUAUAAGAAGAUCGAUGUUUUCCCUAAUGAUUGCAUGAUAUAUUGGAAAAAUCAUGAGAACGAUACUUCUUGCCAUGUUUGUGGUGCUCCACGGUGGAAUGAAGAUGUAAAAGGAGAUGAUAAAGUUGAAAAAAGUCAUAAGUCUCAUAAAGUUCCUUUGAAAACUUUGAGGCACUUUCCCUUGAUUCCAAGACUUCAAAGACUGUUUAUGUGUUCAAAGACUGCUAGCUCAUUAAGGUGGCAUGAUGAAGAACGUUCGAAAGAUGGGAAGUUGACGCAUCCUGCAGACGGAGAAGCAUGGAAAGAAUUUGAUAAAUGUCAUUCUGAAUUUGCUGAUGAGUCGCGUAAUAUAAGACUUGGGUUGGCUAGUGACGGAUUUAAUCCAUUUAGAACCAUGAAUUUGUCUCAUAGUACUUGGCUUGUGGUAUUAAUACCAUAUAACUUUCCACCUUGGUGGUGCAUGAAGGCUGAGUAUUCUAUGUUGUCUUUAUUAAUCCCUGGACCAUGUUCACCUGGGAAUAACAUUGAUGUGUACCUUCAACCAUUGAUAGAAGAAUUGAAAGUGUUAUGGGAUUUGGGUGUAGAAACAUAUGAUGCAUCACUAAAUCAAACUUUCCAAAUGCGGGCAUCUCUCUUAUAG